UGUAUUUCAGUAACUACGGUUAUUUUGUAGAGUUUGUUUAACUGUGACAGAGGCAAUCUUGACAAGAUGAAAGCUUUUGUGUUAUGUGGCUGCGUUUUAGCAUGCAUCUUCUAUAUCUCAGCUGAGAUUAUACCGUCAAACCUACCAGGACAGGGAGAUCGUGGACAGGAAUUUGUUAAUUUUGCCUGCAGGAAGCUGGUUUGACUCGAGAGGAGGGCUAUGAAGUACAAGAGAUUAUAGAUGAAGCAUAUAAACAACCUGGUAUGGAAGAAAAGAGAAGGAAGCAUGGCUGUGUUAUCGAGUGCCUUCUGAAAAAGUUAGACUGGAUGGAAGGAUCAGAGAUCAAAGAAGAUCGAAUUUAUGGAAAUAUAACCAAGUUGUUGAAUAAUCAUCCCGCAAAAGAAAAAGCACAAGACCUUGUACGUAAUUGUGCUCAACAAGUGAGAGAUGCCACGGUAGAAGGAUGCAACAGAGGCUUUGUUGGAUUAGCAUGUACUGUAAAAAAUACGCAGAAAUGGAAACAUCUUAUCAAUACAUUGGAUGUAUCAUCAUCGGAAGAAGAAGGCGAAGAGAAUUAAAUUAAAUAUAUGUACAUAAUGUAAUUCAUAUCAAGUUAUAAAGAUAUAAUCUAGUAGUUACAAAAUAAAAUUUCGUGUGCACCU